AUGGCUCCUCUCACACGAGUCUUCCACGCCGAGACUCUCCCCGAUCAUGUCAAUACCGUCCACCGCAACUUCCAAGAGAAACGUCGUAAAGGCGGCCCCGUCGACCUGAAGGAGUGCCCGCUGUUCGAAAUGACACAAUACUCAUGCAACCCACCACAAGAUGGCAUUCCUGAGAAAGGCGUUGUAAUUUGCAAGCCCGUGGUGCGAUUGUUCCGACGCUGCGCCGGUGGCUUGACGGUCGAAACUACAUCCUGGGAGCCUCUCAGGCAAGCAGAGGAACAGAAGCAGAACCAAGCGAGUACACAGUGA